UAUGUUCUCUCACAGGAGUCUCUCCUCACCCACACCACACCUAACCAAUUUAGAGAGAGAUAGAGAGAGAGAGAGAGAUCUUCUUCUUCGUCUAGGCACACCUACACGCCAUGUCCUCUUCUUCUUCUUCUUCUUCUUCUCCCUUCGAUCUCAUGUCCGCCAUCAUUAAAGGAGAACCAGUGGUCGUCUCCGACCCGGCCAAUGCCUCAGCUUACGAGUCAGUCGCCGCGGAACUAACCUCUAUGCUCAUCGAGAAUCGUAACUUCGCCAUGAUUAUAACCACUUCAAUAGCAAUUCUCAUCGGCUGCAUCGUCCUGCUCGUCUGGCGAAGAUCCAGCGCCGGGAACUCCAAACCCGGCGAGCCGCUUAAGCCGUUAGUGAUCAAACCCCCUCGUGAGGAUGAAGUUGACGAUGGUCGGAAGAAAGUCACCAUCUUUUUCGGAACACAGACAGGAACUGCCGAAGGUUUUGCUAAGGCUUUAGGAGAAGAAGCUAGAGCAAGAUACGAGAAGACUAGAUUCAAGAUCGUUGAUUUGGAUGAUUACGCGGCUGAUGAUGAUGAGUACGAGGAGAAGUUAAAGCAGGAGGAUGUGGCUUUCUUCUUCUUAGCCACGUUAGUUUUAUUAGUUCUUGAUCGAAACUUCUCUCAUUCUCUUGUGGCUGAUCUUGAUUUAAAAAUCUUGGUGUGUAGAUACGGAGAUGGUGAGCCUACAGAUAAUGCAGCGAGAUUCUACAAAUGGUUCACCGAGGGGAGUGACAGAGGAGAAUGGCUUAAGAACUUGAAGUACGGUGUGUUUGGUUUAGGAAACAGACAAUACGAACAUUUUAAUAAGGUUGCCAAAGUUGUAGAUGGCAUCCUUGUUGAACAAGGUGCACAGCGUCUUGUACAUGUUGGUCUUGGAGAUGAUGAUCAGUGUAUUGAAGAUGACUUUACCGCAUGGAGAGAAGCAUUGUGGCCCGAAUUAGAUACAUUGCUGAGGGAAGAAGGUGAUACAGCUGUGACACCGUACACUGCAGCUGUGUUGGAGUACAGAGUUUCUAUUCACAGCUCUGAAGAUGCGUUGAGUGAGAAACACUUGGCUAACGGGAAUGGUCACGUCGUGUUUGAUGCUCAGCAUCCUUACAGAGCAAAUGUAGCUGUAAGACGGGAGCUUCAUACACCAGAGUCUGACCGUUCAUGCACACAUUUGGAGUUUGACAUUGCCGGAAGUGGACUGACGUAUGAAACUGGAGAUCAUGUUGGUGUGCUUUGUGACAAUUUAAACGAAACCGUGGAGGAAGCGCUUAGGUUGCUGGACAUGUCACCUGAUACUUAUUUCUCCCUUCACUCUGAUAAAGAAGACGGCACGCCAAUCAGCAGCUCGCUUCCUCCUCCAUUCCCUCCUUGCAACUUGAGAACAGCGCUUACACGAUAUGCAUGUCUUUUGAGUUCUCCUAAGAAGUCAGCUUUGGUUGCUUUGGCAGCUCAUACAUCUGAUCCUACAGAAGCAGAGCGAUUAAAACACCUUGCUUCCCCUGCUGGAAAGGAUGAAUAUUCAAAGUGGAUAGUAGAGAGUAAAAGAAGUCUCCUGGAGGUGAUGGCUGAGUUUCCUUCAGCCAAGCCGCCACUAGGUGUCUUCUUUGCUGCAGUCGCUCCGAGGUUGCAGCCUAGGUUCUACUCAAUAUCAUCAUCUCCCAAGAUUGCUGAAACUAGAAUCCAUGUCACAUGUGCACUUGUCUAUGAGAAGAUGCCAACAGGGAGGAUUCACAAGGGAGUGUGUUCCACUUGGAUGAAGAGUGCUGUGGCUUAUGAGAAGAGUGAAAACUGUUCCUCGGCGCCAAUAUUUGUUAGGCAAUCAAACUUCAAGCUUCCUUCUGAUUCCAAGGUACCGAUCAUUAUGAUUGGUCCAGGAACUGGAUUGGCUCCAUUCAGAGGUUUCCUUCAAGAAAGGCUUUCGUUGGUGGAGUCUGGUGUUGAACUCGGACCAUCAGUUUUGUUCUUUGGAUGUAGAAACCGCAGAAUGGAUUUCAUCUACGAGGAAGAGCUUCAGCGGUUUCUUGAGAGUGGUGCACUCUCAGAGCUAAGCGUAGCCUUCUCUCGUGAAGGACCUACCAAAGAAUAUGUACAGCACAAGAUGAUGGACAAGGCUUGUGAUAUAUGGAGCAUGAUAUCUCAAGGAGGUUAUGUAUAUGUUUGUGGUGACGCCAAAGGCAUGGCAAGAGACGUUCACAAAUCUCUCCACACAAUAGCUCAAGAACAGGGAUCAAUGGAUUCAACAAAAGCAGAGAGCUUUGUGAAGAAUUUGCAAAUGAGUGGAAGAUAUCUGAGAGAUGUAUGGUAACGAAUCACACAUUCACUGUGUAAUAUAUUGUAUAUGUAAACGGCACAGAGAUGCCACAUCAAGAUGAUCAUUAAGUUUGUGAUCGCAGACGAAAUGAGUUUCUAUUUUUCUUUUCAUAUAUUUUGACAAAUUCUAUUUUUUUAUUUAUAAACUCUUGUUAUAUACAAAUAAAAUUUGCAUAUGGUGUGAGAUGGGUAUUUGUGAAACAGUUAUGUUAUAUACAAAGUCUGUCCCUUUGGUAUGGA